GAUUUCGAUUUCUAAAUACAAUACAUUCGUUUGUGCCUGUGUCUUCUUAAUUCAAUUGCGUUAAUCCUGGAAUUCCUAAUUCAUACGACAAUUAGAAUACUAUAUUGGCGUCGCGAUGGAGCCUGUAAUGUAAAAGUUAGAUAUUCAUUCAACUCCUGAAGCUUUUGAGGAUUAUUUGGAAAGGUUCGAAAUCUGGAGCAUGACCAAGGAAGAUGAUGAGGAUGUUAAUAUUGUGGCACACUUCCUCACAUUCAUUGGGAGAGAAGCGUACAGCUUAUUAAAAACUUUGGCAUAUCCAGAAAAACCUAUCUCACUCCCUUAUGCAACUCUUAAAGAGCUAUUAUUAAGUCAUGUAAAAUGCACCAGUUUUGAAUGCCGUGAAAGGGCGAAGUUUCAUAAGAUGGUUCGUCAAAAUGACCAAAAGGCUCGGGAAUUCAUCCUUGAAUUACAGAAACAAGCUGCCAAGUGUAAUUUCGGUGAUCAACUUCAUGUGCAACUGAGAGAUCGAUUAACUGCAGGAAUUAAUAUACCGAGUUUGGAAAGAGAGCUGUUAAAAAUGCCAAACUGUUCCUUUCAAGAUGCUAGAACUGCAUGUAUUAACUACGAAGCAGUCAAUGAACUUGAUAUCCAGUCGAUGAAGAUUUCUAAUACUUAGCUUAGUCGUCGUGAUGAUCUACAAUCUCAGGGUCAAUCAAACUUGCGUUCAUUUAACAGUGAUUCCUAUUCUCGUGUAAAGAUGAAAGGUGUUUCAACGAGGAAUUGCAAAGCAAAUCACAAAGGUGAGACGAAAUUUGGUAAAUGUUUAUCAUGUGGAAAGUUUCAUGCUCGCAAUUCAUGUGUAUUUCGUAAUGCUAAAUGUUUUAGAUGUGGUAAGGUAGGACACAUUCAGUCAGUAUGCAAAGCUACUGUCCAUUUUGCUUCAAGCUGUACUAGAUCUUGAAAUUUAAGUUUCAAUAAUUCGGAUGUCUUUAAUGAUCAUUUAUCUUUAUCAACGAUUUUAAAAGACAGUGCAGAGUCAUAUGGCAGUUCAGAGUUGGAUGAAAUCGAGAAUUCUUGUGAGACAGCAGUUCCUUAUCAACCGAUUUAUCAUAAUUCUCAUGCUGUUGUACCAGGUAUGACUUUUCCUAAUGAUUCACAUAUUUCUCAUGAAAUUCCUUGCAAUUCUGAAGAAAAUAUGUUAAAUGAACCUAAUCAUGAUCGGAAACCUGAUGUGGUUUGGAUAGAUGCUGGUUUUUCUAACGAUCCUACGCUCUGCAAUGACAGUCCAAAUGAAUUUCAUAAGAAUAUUUCAGAAGAAUCAAAUCCUAAUGUCGUAUCAUAUAUUACCUCUCCUCAUAAUGCAUUUGAUCCUUGUGAAAAACCUGCUCAAUGCGAAGCACGAGUACUAAGUGACCUCGAGUUUGAUUACAUUUCGGAUGAUUUCAUAUCAACUGCUGUUUACCCUUAUCACAAAAACAGUUCUAAUGUUUACUCUAAACAAUGUGAGAAAUAUGUUUUAAAUGAAGCCACAUUAUUCAUAACUUGGGGAUAUAAAGAUCCAACAUUAUUUCGUGGGGAAGGAUAGGAUUGAAAAAUCUAUGGUUCAAAUUCUAGAUAUUAAUGAUUUCAGUACAAAACCGAUAUGCUGAUUGUAUACAAUUCCAGGUGAGUCUGUUCCGAUUUCGUUUGUUAAUUCCAAUACUAAUGAGCACUUUCUAGAUACUACAAAGUUUUUAUCUUAUACAAUGUCGGACAGACUCAGGAUGAACUUAACAAGAAGACGUACAACCGAUUACAAACACUUAUACUCCUAUUUAAGCUGUGGUGGAUGUGGUGUUUGAAUGGACUAAUGAUACCUUUGUACUGGUUGAAUGCUUGAUUUCGAUUUCUAAAUACAAUACAUUCGUUUGUGC